AUGUCAAAUCCAACGGGUCCUGCUCAUCGCAGUAUAGAACAAUACCGCCCAUCAAUUAUUCCUCAAGAGCGUCCCCCAAGACCUCCGCAUACCCCUCUUCGACGACAAAUCUCAAAUUCAUUUGGCUCGCCAUCCUCUUUGCGUGCAGAGGAGGAAUGUAUAGUGAUUGAAAUCGGAUGUCGAUAUUUGAAGGUCGGCUUCGCAGGCGAUGCAGGACCUAAGGCGGAGGUAGAUUUCGGGCCAGAAGAGCAGAGAAGAGUGGGAGAUUAUAGAAGAUGGCAGCCCGGGUAUGAUAAGGCUUGGAGGGAAAGGAUGCAUGGGAAGAAAUGGGGCGAGGCACAUGAGUUGUGGAAGUUGGAUUUGAGGGAUGUGGAUUUGGGGUUGGUGGGAGAUAAGAUUGAAAGGGCUAUGAGGGAUGCUUUUACAAAAUUCCUACUUAUUGAUUCGAGGCCGAAAAAAGUGGCUUUAGCUCUUCCGUCUACACUACCGUCGCCUCUACUUUCCACGAUUUUAGACACGAUGUUCACGAAUUUUCAAUCUACGAAUAUAUCCUUGCAUUCUGCACCAGCACUCACGACAGUAGCUGCAGGUCUUCGAGCCGCUUUGAUUGUCGAUAUUGGUUGGGCUGAGACUAUUGUCACCGGCAUAUAUGAAUUUCGAGAAGUAUCGAGUCACAGAUCUAUAAGGGCAACCAAGCUUUUAGGACAUGAGAUGCGAAAAUUGUUGGCCAAUUCAUGUGAUCCGAAGAUAUUACAGCGAGAAUUUACAGAGGGCCAAGAAAAUGUGGCAUUGGAAGAAUUCAUAAGUUUUGAGGAAUGCGAGGAAAUAGUCAAUCGGAUGGCAUGGUGCAAACCAUUUGCCAAUUUUACAUCGAAGACUACACCCGAAAGUGGUCUCGCGCCUUUGGAAGAAGAAGACGAAUUACAAGCCAGCUUGCGGUCCCUGAAUAUCUCUACAGAUUCAGGUUCCGAUCCCAUAGCCAUAAUACCCCUAAGAUCUACCCUCCCAUCACGAACCAUACGUCUCCCCUUUUCCAAGCUUGCUCAACCAUGCGAGGAAGCCCUCCUAGCGACCUAUAUUCCCAUCCCUGAACUCGACGAUAAUGAACUCCCCAUCCAUAUUCUCCUCUACCAAGCUCUUCUCCGCCUUCCUGUCGAUCUGCGCUCUGUUUGUAUGUCAAGAAUCGUGUUCGUUGGCGGUGGCUCAAAUAUUCUUGGAUUGAAAGCAAGGAUUCUCGAUGAAGUGAAUGCACUUAUCGAUGAACGAGGCUGGGAUCUCGUCCAAGGGAAAGCAGUCUCUCAAUACCAAACUAAUCCCAAGCUUACUCGACCCCGAAAAUCUCCCUCCUCAUCUAUCGAGAUCCCAUCAUCCCCUCCAUUAUCUCCAUCAUCUCCAUCCUCACCGACCACACCUCGACCCCCUGUCCAUAUCCCCGCAGGCCAUCAAUCUCCCGAACCCGACUCAAUAGCAUCUACUAUCAAUGCUAAAUCCGGAAGAAACGACAUCGAGGAAGAACGAGGUACAAUCAGAGCAGUAGAAAGUUUAGGAGCAUGGUCAGGCGCAAGUUUGAUAUCACAGUUGAAGAUCCCAGCAGUGAGUUCAGUGGAUCGAGAAAUUUGGAUGCAACAUGGUAUGGCGGGAGCGAACCGAAAUGCGGAGGUUAGUGUAGCUGCAGGAGCAGGAGCAGGAGGAAGGGGUAGUAUGGGACCCGGGGCGUUCAAAAGCGGAACUGGGGAAAAGGGGUGUUGGACUUUGGGAUUGUGGGGGUCGUAA